AUAAAUAAAUAACAUAAGCAGUCUUAAAGGUACAGUUGGAUUUUCUGGCGAAAUUAAACGAAUAUCUGGCUGGAUUAAUCUCUCCUUGAUUUGCAAUCUCCUGUAGAAAUACAGAUCGAUACAUACACAUUUCCGGAGGAGAAGAAAAGAUGUUGGUGCAAGAAUACCUGGACAAACACUUGCUCUCCCGCAAAAUCGAAGACGCCGUUAAUGCUGCCGUUAGGGCUAAAUCCUCCGAUCCCGUUCUCUUCAUCUCUAAUCAUAUGAGGAAAUCAGUUCCUUCAGUGAUUACCAAAGUGAUUGCCAGACAGAUUCUGGAUAGUAGGGGGAUUCCUACUGUGGAGGUUGAUUUGCAUACUAAUAAAGGCGUUUUUCGCGCUUCCACUCCCAGUGGUGUUUCCUCCGGAAUGUAUGAAGCCAUUGAAAUACGUGAUGGAGAUGAGGCAACCUAUCUUGGUAAUGGGGUGACUAAAGCAGUAAAAAAUAUCAAUGAGAAGAUAUCUGAGGCUUUGAUCGGCAUGGAUCCAACCCUUCAGUCCCAAAUCGAUCAAGCCAUGAUAGACUUAGACAAGACAGAAAAGAAGGGUGAACUUGGAGCAAAUGCUAUUUUGGCUGUGUCAAUUGCUGCUUGCAAAGCUGGAGCGGCAGAAAAAGAGGUCCCUCUUUACAGACACAUCGCUGAUCUUUCUGGUAGAACCAACUUAAUUCUUCCAAUACCUGCCUUUACCCUCAUAAGUGGGGGAAAACAUGCUGGAAAUGAUCUGGCUAUUCAGGAAAUUAUGAUUCUUCCUGUUGGUGCAAAAAGAUUUGAGGAGGCAGUACAAAUGGGCGCCGAGACUUAUCAUCAUCUCAAGGCUAUUAUUACAGAUAAGUAUGGUGCUCCUGGAUGCAAUGUUGGUGAAGACGGCGGCUUGGCCCCAAAUAUCUCCAGCUUUAGAGAAGGCUUAGAUCUUGUUAAGGAGGCAAUCAGCCGAACAGAGUAUAAAGAAAAAUUAAAGAUUGCAAUUGAUGUCGCGGCCACUGAGUUCUGCAUAGGUACAAAGUAUGAUCUAGAUAAUAAAAAUCCAAGUAGGUCGGGACAAAAUUUUAAGUCUGGAGAAGAUAUGAUUGAGAUGUACAAAGAACUCUGCGCAGACUACCCAAUUGUAUCAAUAGAAGAUCCAUUUGACAAGGAGGACUGGGAUCAUGGAAGAAACUUCUGCAGUCUUGGACUUUGCCAGGUCGUGGGAGAUGAUUUAUUGAUGUCAACUCCAAAACGCAUUGAAAAAGCUAUCGGGGAGGCUGCCUGUAAUGCAUUAGUGCUCAAGAUUAAUCAAAUCGGGACUGUUACUGAGGUUGUUGAAGUAGUGAAGAUGGCUAAGGAUGCUCACUGGGGUGUGGUAAUAUCUCAAAGAAGUGGGGAAACUGAUGAUUCUUUUAUAGCAGAUUUGUCUGUUGGCCUUGCAACAGGUCAGAUUAAAGCAGGCGCGCCUUGCCGAGGAGAGCGGCUUGCCAAAUAUAAUCAGUUGCUCAGGAUUGAAGAAGAGCUUGGUGAUCAGGCAAUAUAUGUUGGCGAGGACUGGAGGCAAUCCUGAUCAUUUGCUCAAGUUUUGCACCCUUUGCUUUCCCCCACUCCGCCAAAAUCACAACCAUCUUUAAUGAGGCUUAUCAAUGUUGGUCUCCCGCCUUUGACUGAUCAAGUACAUUGAUAUGCCUUGGUAGUUGAAUCUUCUUAGGUCAGUGUGUUGCAGUGAGAUACAAGGAAUAUGAGAUGGAGCUUCUGUAUACAGACUUCAAUCUUUUUUGUGAAGUAUUCUGUAAUGCUCAACUUGUAAAAUCAUUUUGGCAUUGUCAAUUUUAUAAGCAUAAAUAUAGUUUGAUCAGGACACAGGAGUGCUAAAAGCUUUACUCAUUUGUUUACGGUGACAACUGACAAGUAUCAAAGUGGCGGACUGAAUACUUUUUUUA